AUGCGCACUAUGGAUCUCAUUGAGCCUGGGUUCCGCCCCCUCUAUGAAAGAGUCUGCGUCGGAAACAAGGGUGAGAACGCGCAGAGCAUAUUCUUUGAGGGUAUGCUUCUAGAAGAGGGUUUCGGUACGUCCCUAUCUUGCUUGGGCGAGAGGUUUUUUAUGCUUAUGCUGAUUCCUUAUCUCAGGUCGUGGUCAGCCAUGGCAUGGCAGGUCCGGAUGGGGCCACCCCGACUACGUUCGCAAAUCUGUCAGUAUGCCCGUCGCCUAUGGGAAACCCGCACCUUCAUCCCGAUCGAAAACGUCCAGUUCAAUAAGCGCCUGACUCAUAUCGAGCAGGGGCCGGCCGGUGUCACCCUCACGUUUUCCGACGGCACGACCGCCGAGGCUGCUAUCCUUGCCGGCGCUGAUGGCAUUAAGAGCACGGUAAGAAAGCAUGUGCUGAAGGAUGCAUACCCGGGCCAAGUCGCGCCUGUGUAUGCAGGUGCUUACUGCUAUCGAGCCGUCAUCCCCAUGUCCGAGGCGUACGAGAUCCUCGGCGAUCUCACAGAUGUCGCCAAGUUUUAUUUCGGACACAAGCGUAGCGCCGUUACCUAUCGCAUAAGUGGUGGUGAUGAAUUAAACUUCCUCCUCUGCGUUGCUGAUUCUAAGAAUGCAUGGAAACCGAAGGACGCCAUUACAGAGCGGAUCACACAUGAAGCCAUGAUGGCCGAUUUCGAGGACCCGGCCAUCGACGAUAGCUUUCGACAACUUCUCCGAAAGGCGAAGCCGGUGAAAUGGGGGUUCUUCCACCAUCUUCACACGGCGACUUACUUUCGCGAUCGCGUGGUCUUGGUCGGCGAUAGCGCUCACGCGUCUCUGCCUUUCCAGGCCGCAGGCGCGGCGCAGGGCUUGGAAGAUGCCUUGGUGCUGUCGAACGUGCUCGCAGAGCUUGCCAAGCUCCGGGAGGGCGGCGUAAACCAGGCGUUGGCAAUCCACGCCGGCCUGACUGCGUACGACUCUGUCCGGCUUCCACGUGCCCAGAAGCAGCUCGAGCAGGCUGCCGAGGUGGGCCGCAUGAUUUUCUUCCAGCACGAAGAAGCGGGUGCCGACAUGGAAGAGAUUCUUUCCCGGCUACAGCAGGGUCGGUUCAACUGGCUCUGGUCCCAUGAUAUGAACGACGACGUGCAGGAGGUGCUUCGCAGGAUGCAGAAACAGAUCCGUACUAGGUCUCAUGAGGCGAUGAUAUAA